AUUCAUAGCGUAGAUUCACUCUUGCUCGACUCGCAUAAAAGAGUCCUUCGAUAAGAACCGAUUCCUUUGUGAAUCAUUUGUCAUUACCGGACAGUUCACUCGCCGCUGUAUAGCAGCACGCAUCCUUGUCUCUGCAGCCUGGACGGAGGUAAACACCGCUGGAAACAUCACCAGCAUGGAGCUGAUUGAUGAGUGGUUAUGGAGGCAGGAGUACUGGCUUCCCCCUGGAAUCAGCUGGAAGGAUUUGGAGCAGAUAGAGGGUUGUCCGUUCCCCCGGGACCUGUUCAUCUCGCUACCCCUGGCACUGGGCUUCAUAGGCCUGCGAAAGGUUUUCGAGAGGAGCAUAGCUGUUCCUUUGAGCAGACUGCUAGGGGUAAAAGACAAGGUGCGCUUAUCAGCCUCACCUGCCCCAAGCCUGGAGGCCUUUUACACCAAACACAGCAGACAACCUGCACCGAAUGAGCUCAGCAGUCUGAUGAAGCAGAGCGGCCUAACCCAGAAACAAGUACAGAUCUGGUUCCAUCACCGUCGAAAUCAGGACAAACCCAGCAACACCAAAAAGUUCUGUGAGGCAAGCUGGAGAUUUGUCUUCUACUUAAUAUCGUUCACUGGUGGACUCGCAUCGCUAAUCAGUACACCUUGGUUUUGGGAGCAGAAGGAGUGCUGGAGGGGAUAUCCCCAACAACAUGUGGAGAAUGUGCAUUACUGGUAUUACAUGCUGGAACUCGGUUUCUACUGGUCCCUGCUACUCUGUGUCUCUGUGGACGUCAAGAGAAAAGAUUUCAAAGAACAGAUUGUCCACCACAUCGCUACCAUUUCCCUGCUUGGGUUCUCCUACUGCGCCAACUACAUCCGCAUUGGCACUCUGGUCAUGCUCGUCCAUGACUCCUCUGACUUCCUGCUUGAGUCGGCAAAAAUGUUCAAUUAUGCAGGCUGGAAAAACACCUGCGACGUGCUUUUUGUGGUGUUUGCCAUGGUGUUCCUGGUCACACGCCUGGUCGUGUUUCCAAGCAAGAUUAUAUAUACUACUCUGAUCUCAUCGAUGGAGGUCUUCCAGCCGUUUGUGGGGUAUUAUUUCUUCAACUCUCUGCUGCUAGUGUUGCAGUUCCUGCACAUCUUCUGGGCCUGGCUCAUACUGCGCAUGAUCUACAAGUUCCUCUUUCUGGGCCAGGUGUGUCACAGCUCUCUGGAUAAGGACGAACGCAGCGACGAUGAAAGUGAGGGGGAAGAAGAGGAAGAUGGAGAUGAAGAAGAGGAUCAAGCCUCAUGGAGGAAGAGGAAAGUGGUCCUCGAUUCCAAACUGGCCAUGAUGACUUCCAGCUGUGUUUUAAACAACUUGGCUAAUCAGAGAGUUAAUGUGAACAGCAGAACACCCAAAGCCAGAUAGCACCUUUUAGCUAGAGAACAAGAGUACUGAGGUUCCUCCUACUGUUAUGUUCGCUGUUACUUUUAAAAAUAGGACAUGGGUCAUUCACAGGAUGUAACAUUUUGGAUCUUGUAGCCAUGAAACAUUGCUACUGAUUGCCAUGUUCUGCGAGUCCUAGAAUGUCAUAGCAUGUCCAGCUCUAAUGCUAGUCUCACACUAAAAACUACGGGCUGGUCCUUCCUGCUGCUGGAAUCUCACUGCGCUCGAUGUUUCAGUGUUUUCCUACUUUUAACAGAGAUCUAUAAGUAGCUGCUGAACUGAAAUCUGAACAUGUGUUUUUGGAAAAGCACUCAAAUGUCCAGUACAGCGGGAAUUCAUCGAGCAAAAUUGUGAAACAACGUUCUACACAAAAUAUGCACAAAUACGUAGAUUAGCAUUCUUAACUUCACCAUUAAGACAGAGAUUACAGUAUGAGAGCCUUCAUGAAAAAUCUAUAUUUUAUUUGUACAUAUGCCCUUUCUAUGUAUUUAAUUAGUAAUGUAUUAUUAAAUGAGUUGAAGAAUUCCAGACUCACUUAUUCUUAACACUCGACACCUUCGCUGGAACAGAACCAUU